CUCAACAGGCGGAUUUACUGCGUCACUUCCUCUGCUGCCAGUCAGUUCGUGUUACUGUGCUUUUAAGAUAUUUCGAGUAAAACUCAAUCGCAUCAAUGAGUUCUCAAAUCAGUCCAGCGGAUAUUACAGCACAGAAGACAGAAAUUACAGAAUCUGUGCCAUCAUCAUCAUCAUCAUCAUCAGCGGAGGAAUUAAAGAUCAGUGCAGAUGAAAAGAGAAAGAAAAGAAAACGAGAUCCAGAAGACGAAGAACUCAAUAAAAACAGCCGAGAUGAAGAGGAAAAACCAAAACUACAGCCCGAGGAAGAGGAAGAACUGAAUAAAAACAGCAGAGAUGAAGAGGAAAAACCAAAACUACAGCCCGAGGAAGAUGAAGAACUGAAUAAAAACAGCAGAGAUGAAGAGGAAAAACCAAAACUACAGCCCGAGGAAGAUGAAGAACUGAAUAAAAACAGCAGAGAUGAAGAGGAAAAACCAAAACUACAGCCCGAGGAAGAGGAAGAACUGAAUAAAAACAGCAGAGAUGAAGAGGAAAAACCAAAACUACAGCCCGAGGAAGAUGAAGAACUCAAUAAAAACAGCAGAGAUGAAGAGGAAAAACCAAAACUACAGCCCGAGGAAGAUGAAGAACUCAAUAAAAACAGCAGAGAUGAAGAGGAAAAACCAAAACUACAGCCAGAGGAAGAUGAAGAACUGAAUAAAAACAGCAGAGAUGAAGAGGAAAAACCAAAACUACAGCCCGAGGAAGAUGAAGAACUCAAUAAAAACAGCAGAGAUGAAGAGGAAAAGGGAGAACAGCAUCCAGAUGAAAAGGAAGAUCUGAAAGAAAAGUUAUCAAUAACUGAAAUUAUUUCAUACUCAAAAAGAUGGAAAGGCACAAUAAAGAGAGGUAAGACCUAUUUGACAAGGGCGUAGCUUUGCUUUUGAUGUUGGUGAGGAUGUAAUGCUUUGAAAUAUUGAGUUACUCCCCAAAGAUCUUUUUAUGGCAAGUAAUGUGUUUCAUUACUUUUGCGUUACUUUUUCUGACUUACUGAGGCUUGAUCUCUGCAGUCAACAACACUAUAACCUUCAUUUACUGUAAAAAUCAGUCAUAAUAAUAAAGAAUAAUGUCAUCUAAUGAAAGCUUCCUGAGGCAGAGCUCUACAUGCCAUGUACAGAUUAAUGACAGCGUAAAGCGGUGUGUUUGCUGUUUUUAGUCUCAUUAGUGCAGUAAAUCAGUGUGCACUGAGACUAUAACACCUUUUUCCUUUUCUCCAUGUGUUCAGAAUAACGAGAAUACUUCCAGCUUUGUAGUAAUGUAAGCCAAAGCCAUCCUGCUUUCUGUCUGCCGUCUCUAAUGGAUUCAGUGUGACCUCGCUCAAUUAAAUUCAGCUAUUUUUUUAAGUUAUUUUUUUUAAAGGAACUCAAAUAUUAUUACUAUUUUUUAAUGUAGGCUGAUGUCUUACUUUACUUGUUACUUAGAAAAAUCAUAUUAUUAUGCAACUCAUAGUACUUGAUGCGGUUGCCCAAACACUAGAGGCGUGCGAUGCAAUAACAUUGUGUCUUGACUGCUGCUGUUUUAUUUUAAUCAUUAAUGACAGUUGACUGAGCAUUUGCAUUAUUAUUAUGGGAUAUUUCAAUAAUCUGUGGCUAUUGAUACUCUGAUCAAGCUAAUUCUACGCCCUUGCUAUUUGAAAUAACCGAUCCUUCAUUUAAGGGGACUUUAUUUAUAUUUAAUAAAUGCCGCCUUGAUGAACAAAAUAAUUUAAUAAAAGAAUUCUAAUCAAAUUUUUAAUAAAAUAAUAAAUAAACUGACCCCAAACUUUUGAUUGGUGGUGUAGAUCAGUGGGUUAGUUUAUUAAAAUAAUUUAAUAAAAGAAUUCUAAUCAAAUUUUUAAUAAAAUAAUAAACAAACUGACCCCAAACUUUUGAUUGGUGGUGUAGAUCAGUGGGUUAGUUUAUUAAAAUAAUUUAAUAAAAGAAUUCUAAUCAAAUUUUUAAUAAAAUAAUAAACAAACUGACCCCAAACUUUUGAUUGGUGGUGUAGAUCAGUGGGUUAGUUUAUUAAAAUAAUUUAAUGUGCAUGUUGAAUAUAAUAGACAUUUGUUGAUUGGCUGUGCCUUACCCUGGAUGUUGUUCACCCUCUGCCUAUGCAUAUCCAUCUUAUUUCUGUGUUGUUUUAUGUGGCUUUACAGUCAGUUGCCUAUUGGAAUUAUUUCCUACAAUUAUCAGAUGAUUUGGGGUGCUGUGUGCACUUAAUUGUGCUCGCAAACCAUUUACAUGACCUCCAUUUCCCAGCUGAGUGAAAUGUACUUGUAUACCAUCUCUAUAACUGUAUUUAUUUUAUUUAAGAUCAUUUAUAAUGUUUUUUAGAGCUGUAAAGCACUCCAGAAUCUGCCAGAUGAUUAGUAGCCCUUAUUUGGUCACCGCCGGUGGUUGCUAUGACACGCGAACAAAACAACAAAGUUUGGCCACGCCUCCCCAUGGGUGACGUCACUGAAACUACGUAUAUGUCAGUCCAUGCUUCGAAUGCCAAAAGAUUUUCUGGAGGACUCUGAGUUCGACUGAGCUGAAUUGAAAGCAAACGAAACAACUUGACAGAGACAUAGCCUACUCCUUUAAAACUCACAUAAACUGAUUUAAAAUGACUUCAAACAAGAAAUUGAAGAACAUGACUGUUAAAGAUCGGAAACGUAAAGUCUGUGAUGAAAAUGAAGAAGUUGGCCACAUUCGACUGGUCUUCUCAGGAGAACUGUUGGAGGAUGAAUACACACUUGGUUGUUAUUACAUUUACUCCAAAUGCAGCAUUUCUAAGGCUUCGCGCUUAUAUGUUGGAAAAACAGAUCCGGAUUCAGAUGAAGGUAGUCCAAUCCCCAGAAGUACAUCUAUGGAACUACUGAUUCCAUUGAAGAAACCAGAAUCAGAAGUUUCUUUUCUAGAAUAAGCAGGGAUUGAUUGUUAUAUGACUAUAUAAGGGAAACGCUGCAUCAGGAGAGCCGACGUUUUGUGUGAACUUUAAAUUCUACUUUUAAAAGAAUUUAAUUGCUCAGUUUUUUCCCCUUUAUAUUUUGUUCUGUUGUUUUUUUUUUUAUUUGUUCAUUUUCAUUAUUGUACGUUGUUUGCCAUUUAAAGUUGGCACAAAGCUGUUUCUUUGUGGUCUGAAAGUUAUACCCGAGUAUGGAGGGAGGAGAAGGUUUGGGUACAGUAAGCUCUGUCCUGUGCAAUUCAUUUAAAGUUUAUUUUUAUAGCAUUUUUUACAAUCAUGAUUAUUUCAAAACAGCUUUAAAAAUGGUACACAUUAUUGCAUUACAAUCAAAUAUAUGUUAUUAUAUACAGACAAAAUUAAACUGCAGUUUAAUUGCAUAAACGUGAUGUUUAUUUGUACAUGUUUACUGAAGUGUAUUUGUGUAUUAAAUGUGUGUGUUGUCCUGGAA